CAGACUUUGCUGCGAAGAAGCUCGGGACGUCAGAUCCUUUCGAACCCGAAAUGGUACAGGGCUGGAUGGAUAUCUUCGCCCUAAACACUAUCGCACCAUUCUUCGUCGUCCAUGCCUUCUAAUCUCUCCUCAUCAAAGGAGCGCAAUCCCGUCUUCGAGGCACGUCGAGCGUCAUCAACAUGAGCAGUCUGGGAGCAAAGACAAAUUCAGCAGUACCGAUAGGCUGUUUGGCAUACGGCCCGACGAAAUCAGCUUUGGAAAAGCUCACCUUCGUUUUGGGGACGAGCUUUGCUCAGAGAGACAUCCCGAUUCAGGUGAAUGCGAUGGAGCCUGGCAUCUUUCCGUCAGAGAUGGCCACUCCUGAGUUUCUGGAUACGAUCGAGACAGAGCCGUUACCUGGGUUUGUGGCUCCAAUGCCUGCGAGGAGACAUGGAUCCGAUGCGGAGCUGGGGAUGACGGCGAUUUAUUUGACAGUAUCUGACUAUACGAACGGGGCAGUUUUGAGUGUUGAUGGUAGAAUAAUGUUGGUCAAUCCUUGAACUUUUAUUUAUCUGAUGCAGAACUUUCCCCAUGGAAUCAAAUGCAUUUUCUUUCUCUCCCAU